GUCAUUAUAUCUUGAGCUUUUCCUAUUUUUCUUUUCUUUUAUCCAAACCAUAAGUAGCAGUAAUUGAUAGUAAUGACAAACCUAGAGGAUUCACCUUCAUACAGAGUGCUUAGUAUUCAAUCACAUAUGGUCUCUGGGUAUUGUGGCAACAAAGCUGCAGCCUUUCCAUUACAAACUUUGGGAUUUGAUGUUGAUAUUCUUAACACUGUACAAUUCUCCAAUCAUACAGGAUAUACAUCUUGGACAGGAGGUCGUCUUACUGAUGUAGAUGUUCAGCAACUUUUCGAUGGACUUGAAGCUAAUGGGUUGAUGGACCAGUACACUCAUGUCUUGACAGGAUAUAUUGGCAACUUUGACAUACUACGAACGAUUGAAAAUAAGGUAAAACAGCUCAAGGAAAGAAUUCCCUAUUUGAUUUACGUCUGUGAUCCUGUGUUGGGUGAUGGUGGACGUUUGUAUGUCGCUCCUGAAAUUGUUCCCUUAUAUCGUGAUGUUUUAUCAGUUGCAGACGUUAUUACUCCAAAUCAAUUUGAAGCCGAGGUUUUAUCAGAUAUCAAGAUUAUCAAUCUCAAAACAGCAAAAGAGGCGGCAAAUCAGAUCCAUGCUUUUGGUGUUGACAAUAUUGUGAUUACUUCCAUGGUUCUUCCACCUGAAGAUGUACCAAAAACUAUUUUAUUACCUCACAGCAAAUCGACUGAAUCUGCCAGCAAUACUAAUCAUCAACCUCUGUAUUGUAUGACAAGUCAGCGACAUCCUAAUGGAGACGUUCAACAGCAUCUGAUUUCUUUCCCGACAUAUGAAGGCUACUUUACAGGAACAGGCGAUUUAUUUUCGGCAUUAACAGUAGCAAGAAUCCAGGAUUAUCCUCACUCAUUGGCUCAAGCAAUUUUUAAGGUGGUAGCGUCUGUGAAUGCAGUGACUCGAUUGACUUGGGAACAUCAACGGAAACAACAACAUGGGAAUGAUAAAAUGAUAGUGGACAAACCAAAUGACCCUAAAUUGGUACAUGCCUGUGAAUUACAAGUCAUCAAAGGAAAGAAGGAAAUAGAACAUCCUGAUCUCAUUGGACACCAAAUUUUGAUGGUAGAAUUGUAGUUUUAGAAAUACCCCUUUUAUCUUGGUAGUAUUUACACUUUAUUCCUAAAUUUAAUGUAGAACUAUCAUUAUCAUUAUUACUACUGUACUCUUAUAUUUUUAUUGAAAAUAAAAACUUGUAUUAUGGUCUUUCA